CUCAUUUAUUGUAGUGCACUGAUGCAGUGCAGAGCUCCUGGAAUAUCGGGGAAUCUUGGUUUUCGAAAUGCAUGCACUGAGAACUGUAUUCAUUUGAUUUGAUCACAAUCAAAAUAAUUUAUCUUUGGAAAGAACUUAAUCAGGAUUUAUAAUGAUCUUUUUCUGUCAGCCUGGAAUAUUAUGAAUGGAGCUAUAAAGCAUCAUCAUACAAGUGCAAGAUCAUUCUGAAUUUGAGCACCCCUCUUAAAUCUUUUGAGUCACAAGUCUGAAGAACUUUCUAGUUGUACCCAGCAUCAGCAAGAGAAGAAAUUGUAUCGUCAUCAUCGUAGAGAGGUACGCACUGAUUUCUGAAAGAGGUUUGUAAAUGCCUUCCCAUGGCUGGCUUAGGUACUAUCAUAACCGCUUUCCAGCGAACGACGAUAGAUAGCCCCACCUCUAAUACGUCAAGCGGCACCAUGAGUACAAGUAUGAGUCACUCCACGAGCCACUCCACACACUCCCGGACGAACUCGGCUUCCUCGCACAGCCAUUAUGGCAACGGUAGCCUCCACUGGGAAGGCUCGAAACACGGGAGCGUGGAUACGCUUAAUAUCAGUAUUCCGGAUGAGUUUGAGUUUGCGGAGAGGUAUAGUCGGCUGGUGGAGCUGGAGAAGAUUCCUUGGAAUGAGCAGUUGGUUGGGCGUGUUUUGCGGAACAGUGAAAAGGUCUGCCAGCUGGUGGAUCGCAUCCCGCAGAGUGUCGUCCAGAGGCUGUCAUUCCUGAUGCAACGUCCGUUCGUAAGGGUUGUCCGGGAAGUCAAACGCUUGAGCACCGACUACGCCAAGUGCACCAAGCAUGAGAUUCAGACUGCGGUGAAGCUCGUCAUGGCGCCCUCGUUGGCGGAUGCCUGCAUGAAUGCGGCGGUGAAGGCUCUGUCGCUGUACCAGAUGAGCAGCGAGCAGAUGCGACGUGGGAAGACUGCUCGGGCAGGACUGACCUUCCCUAUUGGACGUUUCUUCCGAUGGUUGGCUGAAGCAAGGAUAUCCUCACGUGUCGAAGACCAUGCUGCUCUGUACCUUGCUGCAUCGAUGGAAGCGCUGGCGUCUGAGCUUUUCUUCAGGGCCUGUGCUCCGUAUUUUGAGAAGACAGACGGGGAACUGACCCAAGCAGUGUUGGAUUAUGGGAUAGCGAACGAGGCGGAGCUUUGGGGGAUGCUGCAGCCCUAUGAACAUCUCAUCUGUGGCAGAAAUUCAUCAGGUGGGUUUUCUUUUCAGAUUUGUGUAAAAUUAUUUCUUGUUUGUAUCUCAUUGAUAAGAAUACUAUGUGCAUGUUUGUGUGUACAUGUAUUUGAAGAUUACAGUCACCUUUGAAAGCUACAAAUCAGUUGCAUCACCAGAUGACAAGACUUGGCCUUGAUAUAAUCUUUUUUGAUUCUGAAAAUGAUCAAAUGUUAUCAUUUAGCAUGCAGCAAACACAGGUCUCAAAAUAAAAGAAACACACAUAAUAGAGUAGGGUUCAUAUUGAUUGGAAUUUGAAAACAACAGAAAGCCGACAAUAUCCACAUCUUAUUUCCAGUAAGUUAGAUUUUUACAUAUUGAUUGAGACACGUAACAGAAAGCCCAGGCCAGGGAAGUACAAGAGAGAAAAGAAAAAUAGAGAUGACGAGGAAUGAAGAUGUAAUUUGUUGGUUGAAUGUCAAUAAUCUCUAAAGCUGAAGUGUCCUCAGAUGUGAUAUGUUUUUAGACGGCUUCAGUCAUAUUUAACCUUGGUCUCAAAAGCACUCUACCGAGCAUUCAUAAGUCUUACCAUGGACCCUGGGGUCCAUGGUCAUACCAUAAUUGUGUUUUCUAGGUCACGAAAGUACAAGAUCGGCUCAAAGUGGAGAAGAAUUGUGAUCGAUGUUUGCUCCAUUACUUUUGUACACAAAAUACACCAUCUAGCAUUUUGGAGUGAUGGAGAGAAAAUAUUAUGAAUGUUGGAAAAUGGAGUUUAUUAUUAGAUGUGCAUUCAUGAAAAAGUAAUGCUUUUGUCGGCGAACUGCAUGUUACGAAAAAUGAAAUUGAUUGGAGAAGGUUGAAAGGGGAGUUAUGGGCAGAAGUGGUAUUUAGGGUUUCAAACGACUAAAGUUUAAUUGUACAUAUUUUCCCUGAACUGUAUUCAAAAUUAGCACAAUUUUAGAUGCCAUAAUCAUGACAAUGAAGGAAGAUGAAGAGAAUAUACAUGUAUGAACUAUUAAUGCUUAAAAAGUUGUCCUUGAAAUGCCUCUUACAGCAAUCCUCUUCAUGAUAAAUAUACCCCCAACAGACUAGAGAAAAAUUCAUUGACAAAAAACGAUUGAUGGAAAAGAAAUGAAAGAGAUCAUGUAAAAUCUUUGAAAAUUUUCUUUUUCUGUUAAGGGGGAAUAAGAGCAGUUGAUUCUAAUCUAUGUAUCUCUGGAGAGAAAAAAAAGAAAUAAAUAUCUCCCUUACUUUUUCUUCCACUCUAUUUCUCUUUCUCUCUUACACAAACUUGCAUGCUGUUGCUUCCUUUUCUGUGCAAUUAUGCUACUUUUGUAAUUCCAUUCUUGUAUCAAAAUUGAAAUAAGUUGUAGUUUUGUAUUCACAACUAUUCAUUCACCAGUUUGUACUUGGGGAACAGAAACUGUUUGAUACAUAUGAAACUAAAAUAUUAAUUAUUAUUUACAUCCUUUUCUGUUGAUAGCCAUAAAAGCCUCAUUUGAUAUAUUACAUUCUUUGAAGACAGUGUCAAUUUUCCUGUUAAAGAAGCAUACAUUUUGUUAGAACUAGUUUCAUGUUUUGUCACUUCUAUUUUGAUUUGAAAAAAAUAAGUAAUGUUUUCAUUCACUCGUGUAUAUUUCCUUUAUAUUGAAAGGGGAAUUCCAUCCUAUCAACAAUUGCUUUUUUUUGUCUUUUUUUUGCGGGGGGGGGGGAAUAUUUUUUUAGACUCCUUUUCAGGUUUUACACAAUUUUGAUAGUGCAUCCUCUUGAUGUUAAUGAUAUAUUGAUUUAGGUCAGCCGUAGUUGGAAAUGAUUGCAAUAUCUGUAUGAGCAUACUGUAUCAGUACAUGUGGCCUUGUUCCAUUGAAAUUCUACCGUUUUGCAAUUUAUGCAUAGUUUGAGUCAUUUGAUAUUGAAGGGGUUGCUUUGUGUAAUAGUGCAGAAAUGAUGAUGAGGCACAAUUAAUUGCCCCAUGCUGUUUCAUACCAGUGUCAUUUCCAGUUCAAUUUCUACAAUCUAAUUAAGCGAUUGAUUCGUUUUGUCCUAUUUUCCAUGUAUUUCUAAUGCCAGCAUC